CAAACGCUAAUUAAAAAAAAAACUCUAAAAAAGGAUUUUGUGACACAAAUGGCACGGUAUCAGAAAUCAAAGGUGCUUCUGCAUAUUGCAGCCUUACUUUGUGCUGUUGGGGGUGUUUCUGGUGAAUGUGAGAUAUCACAAUGUUCUGACCCGACCACCUGCAUUUUGUCGCUGAGGCAAACUUGUAAAUGUGCAGUUGGCUACUUCGGAGAUCUCUGUGACCAGGUCGCAACAAUGAAUGUGACGUGUGGCAAAGACUUCAUUUCCAUCCUGGUGGACGAAGAGUUCUUCAAAUACUACAAUGUGGGAGUUGAAGCGGUUCAUUUGACUAACGCCAGCUGCCGUGCACAUAGAGAGGAGAUCUCUGGAUCAGCUUAUUUCACAGUGCACACACCAAUGGACCAGUACUCUGCCUGUGGAGGUAAACCUCUGGAGAAGAACAUAACACACAUUGUUUACUCUUUAACACUGAUGUCUGACCCACCUGUCUACGGAAACAUUGUGAGAGAUCCGAUUGUGCAGAUUGAGUACAAGUGCAUCUAUCCAUACAUCCGCAGAGUUAGCCUGGCGUUUCCAAUCAUCUCUUUCUCUAGUGAAAGAAUGUUCAAGGUGGAUGAAGUGGAUGCCAAGGUGGAGAUGAGUUUGUUCAAAGAUCACACAUACAUUGAGGCUUUCACCAGCCCACCCACUAUUAAGCUCGGGGAUCAAAUCUACGUGCAGAUUCAAGUGACGGAGCCAGAAGACUUCUUCCAUCUGAAAGUCAAUGAGUGUUGGGCUUCGCAGACUCCUCAAGCUAAUGAUAAGUCAGGCUUUAGCCACACACUGCUGGCAAACGGGUGCGCAAAUGACAAAACGACUUCAUUUGGUAACGGUACGCCGCACCCUGCAGGAAGAAACGGUGAGGGUUCGACUGUCCGGUACUCGUUUGAUAUGUUUCGGUUUAUACACGAGCCCCACAGUUUCUACCUGCACUGCACUGUGCAUCUCUGCACACCUGAGGAUGGAUGGUCUUGUAUUCCUGAAUGUAAAACUAUAUCUAAAAGAGAGGUUGUUGUCGAGGAGCAGGCUCAAGGCCUACUGUCUUAUGGACCAAUCAGACGAGAGCUACCAGUUAGACCCAAGAUAAAUCUCCUCACAUUGGCGCUUCCAUUGGGAGUGAUUUGGACUCUGGGCAUCUUCUUUCUCAUCCUUAUCAGCAUUGCUAAAGCUGGAAUAAGACGACACAUGACAAACACCUAAAUAAAACUCAUUUUCACACAACACAUAGUGGUUUGUGUUGGGUACAAAAGCUACUCCAAGAACACAAG